AUGGACAUUGUCCUCGAGGUAGUCGAUACCUUCGUCGGAGAUCGCAUCUGGGCCUCAGUGCUCCCCGCUCCGCAUCUCCAGGCCGGCCCCGGGUCCAAUGUGACGGCCCCCCUCAUAUCAUGGGAGUAUAAGCCCACCUCCCCGAGGUUCUACUUUGAGCCUUCGCAGUACGCCUACGAAAGUGCCUGGGCUCGAGACUUUGUUCUCCGUCAGGCAGUUUCCCUCUUCUUCAUUACCUGGGUCUUUGGCCUGUUUAAUUACUUCUUUUUCUCUACCCUCUCUUAUCUCUUCAUCUUUGAUCAUGACACAUUGGGACACCCCAAGUUUCUCAAGAACCAGAUCUGGCUGGAAAUCAAGCAGGCAUCCCUUGCCAUGCCCGGUCUCAGUGUCUGCACCACCAUGACCUUCCUCCUCGAGGUCCGUGGCUACGCCAGGCUCUACGAUGUCACUGAGGAAGGCCCCGGGCUAUGGUACGACUACACUCAGAUAUUCUUCUUCAUCAUGUUCACCGACUUCUGCAUUUACUGGGCACACCGGUGGCUGCACGCCCCCUUGGUCUACAAGUACCUGCACAAGCGUCAUCACAAAUGGAUCAUGCCCAGCCCGUACGCCAGCUACGCAUUCCACCCCCUCGACGGCUUCGUCCAGUCGGCACCUUACCACUUGUACCCGCUGCUCUUCCCCAUGCACAAGUUCGUCUUUGUCGGCGCCUUCAUCUUUGUCAACUUUUGGACCAUUGCCAUCCAUGAUGGAGAAUACAUUACCGACAACCCGGUCAUCAAUGGCUCUGCGUGCCACACUGCGCACCAUUUGUUCUUCAACUACAACUACGGCCAGUUCACCACUCUGUGGGAUCGCCUUGGCGGAAGCUAUCGCAAGCCUGACGUGGCCUGGUUCAACAAGCAGACCAAGAAGUCCAAGGAGACCCUGGCUGCCGGUAUCAAGGAGAUGGAGCAGAUCCAGAAGGAAGUCGAGGGCGAUUCGGAUGACCGGACCUAUAUCGACCUCGGGAAGAAGAAAAAUUAA